AUGCCGCCACUAGUGGUGGGCGAACUGCGGCGGGUGCCGUCCCUCCUGGCCGCGGCUCUGCUGCUGUUGACCGCACUUGGCACCGGCUCAGCUCAGAACGGUGUACUGGUCAUUGGGGACUUAGCAAGAGGCAGAACGUUUACAGCCUCUUCUACAUGUGGACUGACUGGGCCCCAGACGUUCUGUUCUCUUGAACACACCAACACUACAGCACUAGACACCAAUGGCAGUGUGGAGUGUUUUACCUGCGACAGCUCUGACCCUGAAAUCUCUCAUCCGGCGAGGUUUCUAAGUGAUUCACCGACGGCUGGUACCUGGUGGCAGUCUGAGACUGGAAUCGAGGACGUGACUCUCGAACUGCAGCUCGAGGCUCUGUUCUCGUUCUCCGAGGUCAUCGUCACGUUCCGGUCACCGAGACCAGCGUCUCUUGUGGUGGAGCGAUCGAGGGAUUUCGGAGCCACGUACGAACCGUACCGGUUCUACUCGAACGAUUGCGAGGGAGACUUUGGGAUGCCGGACCGGUCCGGUGUUGUGACUAGUGCUGACGAAGUAAUCUGCACCUCCCAGUACUCCGGUAUUGAGCCCCUUACAAAUGGAGAGAUAACAUACAGAGCUGUUCCACCAUCGCUAGGGGAUACAGAUUACAACUCUCCUGUCGUUAUCAACCAAACGACCCUCACUAAUCUCAGGAUACGGUUUCUAAGGCUCAACGUGCUCCCCGGAGACGACCUCUCCGACCCCAUCACAGCUCUAAGCUACCAGUAUGCAAUAUACAGCAUAGCGGUGAAAGGCUCUUGUUUCUGCAACGGACACUCUCUCACAUGCACACGUCAUCAAAACAUCACUCAGUCUGAACCGGAAAUGUCAUCGUCUACUCUCCCUGACACUAGGUUCACUCAGAAUGCCAGUGUACUGGGAACACGGAUGGACCACACUGCGAUCGCUGUCUUCCUCUGUUCAACGACAGACCCUGGCUCCCAGCCAACGGACCUGGAGAGACUCUGGACUCCUCCAGACACUGUCAGGAGUGCCAGUGUUAUGGACGGGCCACGAGCUGUCAUUUCGACCCCCAGGUUGCCGUGGAGACGGGGGGCAGUGGGGGCGUGUGUGACGACUGCACGGGGGGCACCACGGGGAGGAUGUGCCACCAGUGUGCGGUGGGCCUUUUAUAGGAACAUCUCUGCGGAACUGAGCGAUCCAGAUUUGUGCAUUCCGUGUGACUGCAGUGUGUUCGGAUCUCGCAGCUCAAUCUGCAACACCACGACCGGGCAGUGCGACUGCUCCGAGGGUUUCGCCGAGCUCACCUGCGACGCAUGCGCUCCUUCCCUCUUCCUCCCCGACCCCGAUUCCGGCUGCGUUCCCUGCGAUUGUAACGAGCGGGGGUCCAACUCGUCCGUGUGUCUCGGGGAAGACGGUCAGUGUCCGUGUAAACCUGGAGUGAGGGGAAGAAGAUGCGAUGAAUGUCGCCCAGAUCAUUUCAUUUUCUCGCCGGAAGGUUGCACCCCCUGUGACUGUGACCCCCGCGGCUCCGUGAGAGACGACGGAGUAUGUGACGGUGAGAGUGGAGAGUGUGACUGUGUAGAGGGUGUGGAGGGGAAGAGGUGCGAUCGGUGCCCCGGUGCCUCGUUGGGGCCCGACAGGAACAUGGUGAGACCGUGCACCGACUGUUUUUGCAACGGAUAUUCUCAAAGUUGCUCACCGGCAGACGGCUGGUACCAGGCCAAUGUGGUCACCGGGUUCGACCGAGGUGGGAUCGCCACGGAGGGUUUCCGUAGCGACGGAGACGUGUUUGCCGACCGACGGACGUCCUUCAACCAGCUGCUGAGUCUCAACCUCAGUAUUCCAAAUAUGGCACCCGACGACCGUUGCCACGUAUUCGUGGAGGUCGUAGGUCGCUCUAGUCGCUAUCGGCAGAUCGCUCUGGUUGCCGAGCUACCACCUCCUAGCAACCAGCCACAGCUGCUAGAGCUACCACUGGUUCCAGGAAACAGACUCCUCGUGGACCUGUGGUUUUGGAAGAGGUUGGCCAGCCAGCGAGAUAUCCGGCAGAUCCUAGCCAACAUACACCGGUUCAGACUCAAAGUCGUAUUUGAGCCCGGAACAUCUCCACUCACUGUGAGGCUCUGCGGUGUGUCCCUUGGUUAUGCCACUACUUCGCUCUCGGACCCCUUCGUAACGGUUCCCCCAAAACCAGUCAACUACGUGGAGAACUGCAGCUGCCCCCUCAACCGGAGGGGCCCCCGCUGCGAAAAUUGUGCCCCCGGCUACACCACCGACCCUUCGUUUGGCGGGGAAUUUGCCCGCUGCGUCCGCUGUUUCUGUAACUUCCACUCGGCGUCGUGCGACCCACUCUCAGGGGAGUGUUUCGACUGUAGCGACAAUACCGAGGGACCGGACUGCGAGAGUUGCCGGGCGGGUUAUUUCAGAGAAUCGGGACUGAGGACUGAUCCGUGCAUGGAGUGUGAAUGCAGCGAGGCCGGGACCGAAGGAGGAGCUUGCCGUGCGGUGGCAGAUGUGUGUCCGUGCCAACAGGGAUAUUCUGGCAGAAGGUGUGAUGAAUGCAGCGAUGGCUACUGGAGUCCCACCACUGGACAGUGCAUUCUGUGUGAAUGUGACCCCGAGGGUUCUCUGGGGCAGUCGUGCAACCAGGCAACCGGGGUGUGCUCCUGCCUGCCACGCGUGGCCGGAGGAAAGUGCACCCACUGCGAGAGUAACUCCACCGAUCUCUUCCCGUCCUGCGAGCCCUGCGACGAGUGCACAGGUCAGUGGCAGGCAAGGAUUAACCCCUUGAGAGCUGAGGUCGAGUCUGCGCUGGAGCUGGCCCGGGUGACCUCAAUGACCCCUGGACCCGAAGGUGUGCCUCUGUUGGUCGUGUUGCUGAACCUUCUCGGCGAGGUGAGAGAGGUUUUGGACGACACUCGGAUCGAUCCCGAGCUUGCCAGGAACGUGACCAAGCUGCACGAGCGACUCUGUGAACUGACCAAUCAGACGCAGGGGCUGUUUGAGCGGAUUGCUGCCGUCGACGACGAGAUUGCCAGACUCGAUGGUGAAACUGAAAGUGUUCAAAACGAGACGUCACGUCUUGUGCUACUCUUAGCGGAGCUCCGAAACGAUUUCGAGGAUAUAUCAGGUCGGUUUGGAAACAUAUCGAUCUCCGAAAUAGAUUUCGAAUCUUACCUGAGUAUCGCUGAGAGGGCCGAGGAGAGAUCUACUAUCGCCGAUCGACUCAUUUCGCACAAUGUGACGACUCUCGUCUCACUUUCUGAGAGUCUUAUUGAGGACUACGGGAGUGAUCUGAAUGAGAGCAGACUAAUCGAACGUCAGGAGGAAAACAUUCGUGUUCUGACUGCAAUCACUCAGAGAAUUGACGAAUACGAGUCUUUUCUAGUCCUGGCAAACGCACAACUUUGCGGAGCCGCGCUAAACGGCUCCGGUGAUGAUGGAACGUGUGGCGAAUGUGGCGGAGUAGAGUGUGAUACGUGUGGGGGGAACCCCCAAUGUAACGGCCUCGUUACCAUGGCUGCCGAGUCACUCGUAGUUUCCAGGCAAGCGCUGGAAGUUGCCGAGGAGUUGAGGAACCAGACACGCGGGCGUGUGACACUCCUACGGAUUCUCUUCACCGAGAUCUCCGUGGUGAUGAACGAGACUUUGGACGCCGAAGCUGCCGCUCGCGAGGUGCAGGCGUCGGCCGAGAGACUCUUCCAAGAAGUCACCGGUCUCCAUGACGACCUCCGGAGAAGGUUGGAGGAGGAGAGAAUCCAUCCCGAUAUCAUUGAGGAGGUUGAGAGGGAGACUCUUUCUCUAUCGCUACCAGUCACCCAAGAAGAGGUAAGAAUAAUGCUAAUGCUCAAAGAAGAGUUUUUGGAGAUUCUGGUGGCAAUCAACAGCACGGUGGAUAUGAUAUUCAGUAGGUUUGGGGUUAAUUCCACGGACCUUCAGAGGAGAGCUGAGACUGCACUAGAAAGAGCUGAGAAUGUCAAUGUCUUUGCAGAGCAACUGGAGGCUAACACCAACACAGCUCUGGACCAGACCAACUCCAGUCUCCUCUCCGCACGACGCUGGCUGGGCAAUCUCACUCAGAGGUUGGGGGCACUCGAGAGCCAAUUGGCUCGCAAUCUCGCAGCUCUCUCCGCCGCUCGUGGCCUCACAGACGAAGCCGAGAAUGCCAGUGCAGCUGUCGAUCUUAGCUCCCAAGAGUUGGAGGAAAGUUUUGCUCAACUCCGCAAUGCCACGGACGAGAAGGUGAGGAUGUCGCAAGAGCAGCUGCAAGAGGCGGAGAGUUACCGCGAGAGGACCGCAGCCCUCAUCGAGAGAACUAGUCAGCAGCUGCUUCUGGAAGAGAACCUGGAGAGGAGGGAGAGAGAUCUGCUGGCUGAGCAGGAAUUCAUCAGAGGAGAUGUCCAGAGGCUCUCGUUGCAGCUGGAAGAGCUGAACGAACUAAUCCAGGUCCACAUUGCCCGCAACACUGCCUGUCUCGACGCCGGCUCACUCCAGAAACGCUGAUUCCCAGACUCCCAUGUCCACACUCCGAGCUCUAGUGUAUUUAUUCCACCCCACUCCCAGCUAUUAGUAUAUUACAUUUAAUUUCCCGACAAGUCCUCAUUUUGAAUUGACGAAACGAAACGAAACGAAACGAAACCUUCUUUAGUCAUGCCUCUGCCGAUUAAUGUCUCAAACAUUUUUCAUAUCAUUAUUAUAUCGCACUACCUGUUGAUCUAACACUGGUAUAGAUU